GAGUACGAUUCUGGAGAUAUGCGAGAAGAGGAUAAUACUUGUCUGCUAUUUCGAAAACGUUGAACGGAGUUCAUAAAAUUUUCUGUGAACUCGAUCGAAAUACAUUAUCCGACGGGAGAGCACUCUUUGGGCUCCAGAGGAAAGAAAAGUUGUUGUAAUGGCUGCCGUGUCAUGAAAUGAAGGUACCGAGCCAGUUUUGUGGUUCCACGAUGGAGGAUAACUCCAGUUCUACAUCUCAAAACCAUAAUGGACAAGUGUCUAGCGGUGCGAAUGUUUCACUGACAAACAAUAAACAACAGGGCAGUGACAACGGUAGCAAUGGCGAUGCCAAGGAUCAAAGACCACAAUACUCUAUGCCUGGUAUUCUACACUUUAUUCAGCAUGAAUGGGCUCGCUUUGAACUUGAAAGAUCGCAAUGGGAAGUUGACAGAGCAGAAUUUCAGGCUAGGAUAGCUUUUUUACAAGGUGAGAGAAAAGGACAGGAGAAGUUAAAAAAUGAUUUAGUAAGAAGAAUAAAAAUGUUAGAAUAUGCACUUAAACAAGAACGAGCAAGGUAUCACAAGCUAAAAUAUGGAACUGAUUUGGUAAUUCAGGGAGAUAUGAAGCCUCCUGUUUAUGAAGAAGGUAGUAGUACUUGUGCUAACUCUGAAGUUGGAGGAGAUGGUGAUGGAGAAGCUCCAUUCACUUCUGUCAGCAAUAUCAGUUGGAGACAAGGUCGUCAAAUUUUAAGACAAUAUUUACAAGAGAUUGGUUACACUGAUACAAUAAUAGAUGUACGAUCAAACAGAGUAAGAUCUUUACUUGGUUUAAAUAAUAAUACAGACUCUGAAGAUAUGAAUACUCCUGCAUUAAAUGGUAAUGAACCAUCAAAUAAACAAGCAACUGAAAAUAAUAGUCGCAGACUUUCAGGGAAAAGGAACCCAUCUUCUAUAACGGAAUCAAUGAUAUUAGAUACUGAAGCAGCUGUUAUGGCGAAUUUUGAAUUCUUGGCUCAUACCGGUAUGGAUAUGGAAGAAGAAGAAGGAGAUGUAGAAGAUGAUACUUUCGAUACGAACAUUGAACCCAAGCCAAAUAAAACAUCUAUGCUCUUAACAGAUGAUGUUGAUGCAGAAGCAGAAGAAGUAUUAAAUGAAUUAAACCUUCUCACAGAAAUCGAAGAGUCACCACCAGGUCCUGUUUAUUUAGAAGCAUUUCAUAAAGGUUUACAACCAGACUUAAGAUGUCCAAAUAAAGAAGGAGAUUCCAACUUGGAAUUGGGUGAAUUAGAACUAUUGUGUGUUAAUAAUGAAGCAGAAACAUCAUACGAUAUGGUAACUACUACAAAGGAAACCUUCAGAAAAACAUGGAACGCAAAAUAUACGUUACGAUCUCAUUUUGAUGCUGUUCGAGCUCUUGUCUUCCAUCCCACAGAAGCUGUUCUUAUAACUGCAAGUGAUGAUCAUACUCUAAAGCUAUGGAACCUUCAUAAGACUUUACCCGCAAAGAAAUCAGCUUCAUUAGACGUGGAACCGUUAUAUACAUUCAGAUCACAUACUGGUCCAGUUCUAUGUUUAGCUAUGUGUAGCACUGGUAAUCAAUGUUUCAGCGGUGGUUUGGACGGUAUGAUUCAUUGUUGGACACUUCCAUCAGCUAACAUAGAUCCAUAUGAUUCCUAUGAACCAAGUGUCCUUACUCAAACUUUAAAGGGACACACAAACUCAGUUUGGGGUUUAAGUAUGUAUCAACCACGAUCGCAAUUGUUAUCGAUCAGUUCUGAUGGGACUGUAAAAUUAUGGAGUCCAAAUAGCAACUCUCCACUUCUUCAUACAUACGUCUCUGAGCAAGACGGCAUACCAACUUCAGUAGAUUUCAUAAGAGAUGAGUCGCAUAAAUUAGUCGUAGCUUAUGAGGGAGCUUGCGUGGUAUUUGAUACAGAAACUGGAGAGAGUGUAGCUCGCCUCGAAGCCAAUGAAACAAAGGGGGUGAAUCGUGUUGUCGCUCAUCCAACAUUACCAUUAGUUGUCGCUGCACACGAGGAUCGACACAUUCGAUUUUAUGAUCAUCGAUCGGCUACUCUUGCUCACGCCAUGGUUGCUCAUUUGGAUGCAGUUACUAGUCUUGCUGUAGAUCCUCACGGUUUAUAUCUACUUUCAGGAAGUCACGAUUGCAGUAUAAGAUUAUGGAAUAUGGAUAAUAAGACAUGUGUUCAAGAGAUAACAGCACAUCGUAAGAAGUUUGACGAAAGUAUUUUAGACGUAGCAUUUCAUCCAUCGCGACCUUUUAUAGCAAGUGCAGGAGCCGAUGCUCUUGCGAAAGUGUAUGUGUGAGAUGUAAAUUAAGGUACACCAUUUCUACUAUCGACAUUGCAUCAGACGGAAAAGAUUUUGUACUCAUUCUUUCUAGAUAGUUUAACCUGUACGUGUUACACUUCCAAUUUUGUUGUAACUUAUAUUGCUCUACCUUUUGAAGUACCACUUUAGAAGAAUCAAAUCAGGCAUAUUAGAUAUGAUAAUGUUUAUGAGAAAUAUUGACAUUUGCACAUAACCCUUAUCCGUUACAAUUUCUGAAAGGAACAGUAAAAAAAAAUUCGAAUGCAAAAUGCUGCUUACUGAUGAAAUCUUUAUUAAGUAGCCACAUAAUUUGGAAUAGCGGAAGGGGUCUGUCUUGUAGAAUACUAGUUAACAUAGUUCUGAUAAUUAGACCAAGGAAAUACCCCUACCCAGAAUCCAGGAAGCACACUGCCGCAGUAGCAUAAUAUUUAUCCCUAUGUUAACUAUUUAUUACCAAUAUUACAGUUACUGUUGCACAGCUACUGGAGAUUAAUACGUACUACGCGAGGAUAAAACUUGUCCUAAAAUAAAAUACAUCAAUUAGUCUCCCAUUAUAUAAUUUUUAUGCUACCGCAUAUAUUUAUCGAGGUCGGCAUAUAGUAACAACUGGAAAAGCAGCAACAACAACAAUAAUAAUAACCAUAAGUUAAAUAUAAUGUAAGACAUAAUAUUAAU